UUACUUCAGAUUAUUUACUCAAUGUAUAAUAGAUCACCUAAAAAUAUGGCAGGGAACAAGCGCGGAGGCGGAAGAUUUUAUAAUAAUCACAAUCGAAAUCAUAACCAAGGAAACAACAGAGUAAAAAUGGAGUCGUCUCCACAGAAACAUUCAACACCGCCGCCACCUAAAGAUAUUGUUUCUAAGAAAGAAUCAAAUACUGUUCACGUUACAAAUGAUCAUCCACAAGAAGAAGAAUCCACUCAAAGACCCGCGGAAAAGAAGUUCACACAAAGAAGUCGACUUUUUGUUGGAAAUCUUCCUCUCGAUAUGUCAGAGCAACAAUUUAAAGAUUUGUUUUCAAAAUAUGGAGAAAUUUCAGAAACUUUCAUCAAUGCAGGAAAAGGCUUCGGUUUUGUCAGAUUGGACACCAGAGCCAAUGCAGAGAAAGCAAAAUGGGAAUUGGACGGAAAACAAAUCAAAAACAGACAAGUGCGAGUCAGAUUUGCUUCCCACGGUGCUGCAUUGAGUUUAAAACAUUUAUCUCCUUGUGUCUCUAAUGAACUGCUCGAAACUGCUUUUACCCAGUUUGGACCGGUUGAGCGAGCUGUUGUCAUCGUUGAUGAUCGUGGCCGAGCGACUGGUCGAGGAAUUGUGGAGUUUGCAAGAAAAUCAUCAGCAACGAAAGCCCUUCAGCAGAUUUCUGAAGGAUGCUUUUUGCUUACCUCCUCGCCUCAAGCGGUCGUUGCUAAACCACUCGAACAAGAAGACACUGAGGAUGGUUUGAGUGAGAAAAAUGUCAACAAAAAUCAACAAUAUUUCCAAGAAAGAGAGGCACCUCCACGAUUUGCGCAGCCCGGUACAUUUGAAUACGAGUUUGCUUUGCGAUGGAAAGCUCUCGAUGAAAUGGAGCGACAACAACAAGAACAACUUGAUAAAUCUAUCUCGUCAGCUCGAGAGAAAUUAGAAGGAGAAAUGGAAAAUGCGAUACAUGAGCAUAAAACUAUGAUGAUGAAACAAGAUUUAAUCCGAAGGCAAGAAGAAUUGAACAGACUCGAAGAACAAAGACAGAGAGAGAUAGAAAGAAGAAAACAACUCGAAUUUGCUCGAGAAGAUGCUCACAAAAAAGAAUUGGAAGAUCUUGCCAAAAGACAGGAAAUCUUAAGAGCUAAAGUGGAAGGGAACUUCUCAUCAAUGCAAGGCCCUCCUCCACAAGAUAUGGGACCAAAUAGGAAUCAACCCCCGCCAAGACAUCCUGGUGAUUUUGGCGGGCCGACCAAUCAGAUGAUCCAAGACGCAAUUGCUCUAGAAAUGUUAGCCGGUGGCCAAGGGGGGGGAUUAGGACCUGCACCGAGUCGUCAGGCACGUUUUGAGCAAGGAAUGGGGCCGGGUAUGCCUCCCCCACCACCAGGACGGGGUUUUCCCCCUCCUCCAGGGGGUAUGGGUGAUUUUGGUGGCAAUAAUGGCCCUCCAGGACCAGGAUUUGGAGGCGGAAAUCAAAGAAGGGGGUUCGGAGGGCCGAUGGAGUAUGAUGGGCCCCAAAAAAGGCGUCGCUACUAAGUUACUAUGACACUGAGUACCAUAUUUAAUAUAAUGGUAACUGCAAACAGUUUUAUUGUAGCUUUUAGCAAGCUAUCUAUUACGUGUAGUUUGCUCAAUGCUAAGAGCAUUGCUCUCAGACUUGUAUAUACAUUACUUAUGUAUGGAAAUGGGAUAUCUCGCUCCAGACGCUAUCAACGUUGACUUCUUGUGUAGUUUCAUUUGCAUGGUUCAUCGAUAAAAGCGGUAAUUCUUUCAAGUAGGGAGUGGUACCGUAUUCGCUUGUAAAUUAUAAAAAAAGUAAAAAAGUGUAAGUUUCAUAGCAAGUUCAUAUGUUGUUUAACUUUCCAUCAUGUAUGUUUGUAAAAGUUUUAGAAAAGCUGACCAAUAUUGCAGCUAUGAUUUCUUUUGUUUUUCGAGUGCCAUCAUGGCUUCUGGGCUCUGGAAAAUAUUAUGCGCCUUUCAAGAUUUUUUGGAAGAAGUUUUAUUCUCAACAUGUUUAGACUUUUUUUUCUUAUCGUGAUAAGACUACAUAUUUUAGAAAAUUGUUUGUUAGUAUUUGAAAAAGGGAGUUUGCUCAAAGAAUAGUUUGGUAUGGAAAUUAAAUAAUUGUGAACGAACAGAGAAUGUGUGGCGAAAUUUUCUCUACACAGCGAAACAAAAAAUUUUGAAAACGUUUUAAAAAAUCUGUAGAAAUCUGAAGUUGGCCAAUGAUGGUUAAAUAUUCUAUAUUUUCAGUUGUAUCUGGAAAAUUGGCCGUAGGAAAUCUCGUCGCAUAGUAAAAAUCACAAGAGCAUUUAGCUGUUAAACAAGUAUUUGUGAUUAAAACAGUUAGGGUUUAUAGGGUAUGCUCUCAAAUAACGAAUCUUUUUUAAAUAAGGCUAUUUUUCAUACAGCGAUUUUUCUGACGAAAUUUCCCAGGGUGAGAUAUUCUAUGGCGAAGUUUCCUAGAACCUUUGUUAGCAUAUACUGCCUAACUUUUUAAUGCUCAAUAAAUAAGUAAAGUAAAAGGUAAUCAAGUAAUUGUCGUGUGAAAUGCUAUGAAGUUCUUCUUUCUUAUUCAGUCGUAUGUGUUUUUAUUAUCAACAUGUUGUAAAUAACAAUUUGAUGAGCCUUGUACUAAUCUUUUAAAUCAUAAAUAAAACAAGGAAAAU